AUGGGCAUUCAUCACGGCGCGGCCCCUUUCGCACGUAAUCACGAUUUCUCAGCGCUCUCAGCCGCCAAAGCGCGCCGUCACCGCGCCCAAACACCCGCCUGUCCUGCGUGUUUUCCUUUCCUGUCGCUCCUUCGCCCUCCGCACUUCGCACUUCGCACCUCGCACCCACACCCACAUCACACCUUCCCUCGCUUUGCGCCUUUCCGCGCCUUCCCUCGCCGAUGUCAUGAAGAUUUCAGCCACGACCCUGACCACCGCCACGCUCCGCCCAUGACGACCGUCGAACAGAAGCGCAGCUCGACGGGCAGCCGCGUGCUGGGCAUGACCGGCCCGGUCGGCGAGCCGUCGCUGCCCCCCUCGCGCCCAUCUUCCAUUGCGACCGCGCACUCGGGCAGCCAGGCACGCUGGUCUCAACCCACAGCGCCGCGACGGGGCAUGAGCGUCGCAGGCAGCUUGGGCCAGAGCCGCCCGACGACGGCAGCCAGCAGAACGCAUGUCCCGCUGGCCGCCCAUGGCUUCUUCCGCCCCAUGAGCUCGCAACGACUCCAGCAGCAGCGUAAUCAGCGGCCAACUUCUCUCCUCGGCCAGAACUCUCUCCGCGCCAACAACGCACGCGACUCGACCGCCAGCUCGUAUCGCCAAAGCGUUGGCUCCACGCAGACAAUGCGCGGCCAACCUACCCUGGGCCUCCACCACGAGCUUAACCAGCCCCCUCCGUCACGCGGGACUGACAUCACAGACCGAGACAUGCCCGACCGCACAACCGCAAACUCGACGCCUACAGGAGCAGAGACUGUGCGCAGUCGGGACGAGAGCAUCACGCCUCUUCAGCGGCCCCGGCCCCAGCACCUGGACCUUGCUGACACUCAUGCCAACGACGCUGGCAAGCUUCCCACGCCGGGCAAAUCCCCUCGCUCUUUUCGAUCCAGCUUCAUGCUGCCCACCCGCGAUGGCCGAUCUGCCCAAACGCGCGUUCAUCAGGGUCACGAGAAGCUCACUUCCGCUGAAUCGUCUCCCAGGCUCGCCCGAAGGGAAUCCACCAAGCAAGCUGUGAGGAGGGAGCUUGGCAAAAAUUACCAGUACUUCUCCGGCAACACCGCUUUCUGCUGGGGUGGGCGACUCCAAAACACUCGUGACCGACCGGUGAACAUUGCAACCGCGAUCAUGAUCAUAUUGCCGGCCGCUCUCUUCUUCGGUUUUUCAGCGCCAUGGCUAUGGCUUAACGUUUCUCCAUCGAUACCCAUUCUCUUUGCCUACCUGUUCUUAAUAUCUGUCUCUUCAUUCUUUCAUGCGUCUGUUUCAGACCCGGGCAUCCUACCACGCAACCUACACCCUUUUGCGCCCACUAAUCCUAAUGAAGACCCUCUGAAUGUUGGUCCAUCAACGACCGAGUGGACAAUGGUCGUAUCGGCGACUGGCACGAAUGCAGCCAUGGAAGUGCCCACCAAAUACUGCAAGAGUUGCAACAUCUGGCGUCCUCCGCGUGCGCAUCAUUGCCGCAUAUGCGACAACUGUGUCGAAACUCAGGAUCACCACUGUGUCUGGCUCAACAACUGCGUGGGCCGUCGUAACUAUCGCUACUUUUUCGUUUUCGUCUGCGCCACAACUUUGCUUGGGCUUUUCCUGCUAGGAGCCAGUCUCGCACACAUUCUAAUCUGGCGUGCGAGAAACGCUGCAUCUUUUGGUCAGGCGAUCAAUCGAUGGCGCGUCCCGUUUGCAAUGGCCAUUUAUGGACUGCUGGGCUGGACAUACCCCUUCAGCCUCGGCGUAUAUCAUCUUUUCCUGGUGGGCAGGGGCGAGACUACGCGUGAAUACCUGAAUUCUCACAAGUUCAUGAAGAAGGAUAGGCAUAGACCCUUCACGCAAGGUUCGCUCAUCAAGAACUGGAUCGCGGUCUUGCAACGCCCACGCCCACCAACUUAUCUGCAUUUCAAGAAAGAGUACGAGGAGGGAGAUCAAAGAUUUAGUUCUCGCAAGGGCAAGCGUACGGCACCAUUGAGUGCUGAGCAGCAAGGCGGAGGGUUGGAAAUGCAGGACGUGAGUAACAACCCGGGCUUUCAAGGGCCGGCUGGAAGGGCGCUUAGAAGCUCGCACGACGCGAAUACAGCAUAG